AUUUUGGUUAUUCAGGUUUUUGAUCCCGGGUGUAUCAUCUUAACUUUGCUUUAAAAAUCUUGUCCUCAAGAGAUUGAUUUCUUUAACAAUUGAUUUUGAAGCAAAUGUCUUGUGUUAUUCAUUGGCGUGGUAGAAAAUUAACAUUACAUUUCUUGUUAAGGUACCCACAGCUCACUCCUCAAAACAAGGAGUCCAUGGAUGUGGGCAGAAACAUUUUUGCCAAAUUCUCCGCAUACAUCAAGAACCCCCAUAAGGAAGCAAAUAAAAAUUUGGAGAAAGCUUUACUGAAAGAGUUCCAGCGCUUGGAUGAUUACUUAAGAAACCCCCUGCCUGAAGAAAUUGACCAGAACUGUGCUGAAGACCUUCUGGUUUCUGAAAGGAAAUUCUUGGAUGGAAACCGGAUGACAUUAGCAGACUGCAACCUUCUGCCCAAACUCAACAUCAUCAAGAUUGCCGCCA